AUGGGAGGUGUGAUGUUUCAGGCUAUAAGUUGCUGCAAAAUUUGGGUUGAAAGAAUAUAUGAUGCCAUUCGAGGAAGUAUAGUGAAAAGAGACAUCUACCUUGACUUUCAAUUGAAAAAAACUCUCACUUGUUAUGUAAUAAGUUACUGCUCUUACAUGAAUUCUGGCUGUGGGAUAGCUUUUUCCAAGUUUAGACGAGAUGCUUCAAUCACACGUCUGAACUCAGCGGUGACCAGCAGGUCCAACACCGCCAACUCCAAAAUCGGUAGUGAAAUUGAUGCACUUGAUGUGUUUCUUCAACUUCCUCAUAAGCAAUAUAACACAGGCUGGGUUCUCUUUCAGGUGGGAAAAGCUCAUUUUGAAUUGGUUGAUUAUCUAGAAGCUGAGCGUGCCUUUAGCAAUGCCAGAUUGGUUUCUCCUUAUAGCUUAGAUAUCACCUCAAGGAGGAUAUGUGGUUAA